AUGGACAUCGAUCCGAUAACUACAGCAACAACAGGCAUCUCUUCGAUAACUACAACAAUAACAGUGGGCGCCGCUUCGACUAAUACGGAAACAUCAAUGGAGCCCGAUUCCAUCGUCAUUACUACUAUAGCAGAGCCAACAGGAUGGCUUAACACUGGCAGCAUGAAUAGUGCACGGCAGUGGCACACAGCGUCCGUACUAAGAAAUGGGCAAGUCUUAAUUAUUGGUGGAUUCAAUGGUAGUUCUUAUCCAAAUAGUGCUGAGUUGUAUAAUCCAUCAACAGGAACUUGGACAACGACUGGUAACAUGAAUGGUGCUCGAGUUCAGCACACAGCAUCUGUAUUAUCCAUUGAACAAGUGUUAGUUACUGGUGGAUCGAGUGGUGUUUCUCAUUUAAAUAGUGCUGAGCUGUAUGAUAUAUCAACGGGAACUUGGACGACAACUGGAAGCUUAAAUAAUGCACGACGAUGGCACACUGCAUCCGUAUUAACAGAUGGAAAAGUGUUAGUUACUGGUGGAUCCAAUGGUAGUUCCGAUCUAAACAGUGCUGAGUUGUAUGAUCUAUCAACAGAAACUUGGACAACGACGGGUAAUAUGAAUAAUGCUCGAGUUUAUCAUACCGCAUCCGUAUUAACAAAUGGAAAAGUGUUAGUUACUGGUGGAAGAAAUGGUGAUUCUUACUUAAAUAGUGCUGAGUUGUAUGAUCCAUCAACAGGUACUUGGGCAACAGCUGGCAGUAUGAAUAAUGCAUCGAGUGGACACACAGCAUCCAUAUUAACAAAUGGAAAAGUCUUAGUUACUGGUGGGUCUAAUGGUAGUUCUUAUGUAAAUACCGCUGAGCUGUAUGAUCCACCGACAGAAACUUGGACAACGACUGAUAGUAUGAAUGAUGCUCGAAUUGAUCACACAGCAUCCGUAUUAGCAAGUGGAAAAGUCUUAGUUACUGGUGGCGGUAAUGGUACUUCUCUUCUAAAUAGUGCUGAGUUGUAUGAUCCAUCAAGUGGAACAUGGACAACGACUGUUAGUAUGGAUGUUGCUCGAGUUUAUCACACAGCGUCCGUAUUAACAAAUGGAAGAGUAUUAGUUACUGGUGGAUUCGUCGGUACUGUUCUGAAUAGUUCAGCAUUAUAUUAUCCGUUUGACACAAAUGAACAAGCAAUAAAUUCAUUUUUAUAG